CGAUGGCAAAUCCAGCCGUGGCCGCGUACGAAGCCGCGUUCAGGCUGGUCCAAAUGCCCAGCGCGUUCGUUGCCACGAGCGCGCUUCCGUAUCCGGCGCCGUACGUCUUCCACCUCACGGGCAUGGACGAGGCGGUGUCGUGGCCACUCGGCGCCACGCAGGCAGCGCAGAUCGCUGCGCUCUACCCCGACAAGAUCAUCGCCGAGGCACACAUCGAAUUCGACGAGGCGUACUUGGACGACCAUGACGCCGUGCUGGAUAUCGUCGAUCGCGUCUGA